AUAUGGUUUAACACAGCCGGUCACGGUCGAUCUAACACAGCUUCAAGCUUUUGAAUAACUUCAAUCUUCCUCGACGACGGUGAUGCAGUGUGCACGUCCAUGACUACUCCGGACAUAUUCAUCUCUCUCCAGCUUGCUCUCCACAUUGUAUUAUCUUGUAUCCUCACUUUCACUGUCGCGCAGAACCCGGUCGAUACAUAUGCUCCGACAGUCAAUGUCAAUUGUCCAGAGACAUCCGGCUCGCUCGUGCGAACUUUCACACCACAGACUCAGGUCUUGAACACAUCAGAAGCAGAGUACAUUGCGUCCAGAGAGUCCAAUGUGAUCUCAAACGCAUGGUCCAACUGGCUUGGAAAUGCGUCGGAUAUUGGAUACAAUUUCGAAGAUUUGCAGGGCAAAUUUCCCAGAAUUGGCAUCGCCGUCGGGGGCGAGGGAUAUCGCACAGCACAAUAUGGCGCAGGAGUGUUAUUGGGGUUGGAUUGGAGAAACACCACCGCCAGAGACGAGGGGACCGGCGGUCUGCUGCAAGUCGCCUCUUACCUUUCAGCUUCAUCUGGUGGUUCGUGGCUGCUUGGGUCACUUCUUAUGAAUGAUUGGCCGUCGCUCCUGGAACUAGUUUAUGGAAAUGGAGGAAAUCUUUCGUCAUGGUUGUUAGACCUUGACUUGAUUGUGCCAUCGUCGCCAUUAGUCAGUGAUGGCGGUAAUCAGGCAUAUUGGGGCAGUAUCCUGGCGAGUGUUGAAUCAAAGGCAACGACUGGAGUUCCUACUAGUGUGACUGACCUGUGGGGUCGGAUGGUUGCAUAUCACUUCUUGAAUCAAACAACGCGAGGCAACUUCUAUACCAAUCAGACUAGCCACGGCGCUGGUCAACUAUGGUCUCAGAUGUCUCACCUGCCGAACUUUCAGAAUCACACAAUACCGUUCCCGAUAGUGACUGCUGACUCACGAUACGCGGGCUCAGGGAUAACAACGAAUGUGCCUCUCAAUUCAACUGUUUAUGAGAUUACGCCCUUUGAGUUUGGCUCAUGGGAUCCUGGCCUUUCAGCGAUGCUACCAAUGCACUUUGCUGGGACAUAUUUGACGAACGGUCUGCCAGCUAACCCAUCGGCUUGCGUCACUGGUUUCGAUCAAGCGAGCUUUGUUAUGGGUACAAGCUCCAGUUUCUUCAAUGCGGUCUUGAAUGUUACCGAAGGGACCUUCGGGUUCAAUACUGACGAUGGGGAUGAAGACGGCAUGAAAUUUAUUUUCGAUCAGUUGUUGUCACAUACGCCGUCGUCCAAUGUCAUGGAUGCGGCCAAUUGGCCUAAUCCAUUUAAAGGCGUCAAUUCUGUGACUUUUCAAGACUCGUCUUCAGACCGGCUCGAACUCCUCGAUGGAGGUUCAAACCUGGAGAAAACUCCCCUCAGCAGCCUACUUGUCAAGGCUAGGGGAUUGGAUGUCGUAGUCGUCAUCGACGGUAGUGCGGAUGAUGGGAACCUUUGGCCAAAUGGUACAUCACUGAUAACUUCUUUUGAGCGAAUAUCAUCAGUACUCUCGUCUUCGCAUCAACCAAUGCCGCCCAUACCUGGAACUGCCGCUCAGUUUGUUUCCACAGGCGUCAAUAUGCGCCCAACGUUCUUUGGCUGCAAUCUCACUCAGGGUCAACCAGCAUACCCUAUCGUCGUAUACCUUCCUAAUGCGCCUCCGCUGGAUGGAAGCGCGCCAGCUACGAACACUGGCAACACACAAUUUUCCUACACAUCCAUGUUCACGGCAGUGUUCAUAAACCAAGCGUUCUGGAAUACAUUAGGUGGCUUCAAACCAAACACAACUUCACCGGAUCCGAAUUGGGGAAAAUGCUUGCAAUGUGUCGCAAUCGAUCGCGCAGUUACGCUGCGAUCAGAUUUCUGCUCGCAAUGUUUUGCACAGUAUUGCUACGAUCCAAACAAUCCUCCAAGUCAAUCGGAACUCCCAGGUAGACAGUUUGCGUUCGUGAAUCCUGAUCUGGGGGGUCUGCAGAAAGUGACACAAUGGUUAGAAGAGAACAAGGGCAGAUUGGCAGGGAUCAUUGUCACCGUCAUAUUGGUCAUUGCAGGGAUUGUUGGUUUCAUUUUCUGGUGGCGGAAGAGGAGAGCACGCAGGUCGAGGUAUUCUCGUGUCGAUGAGCUUCGGGACGAUGAUGAACCUUGGAGGUAUUACGAAAAUCGCUCGUUGGAAUUGACGCGUCGAAUGUCCAUCACAUGAUCCCCUGUUUCAAAAUCUUUGACUGUCAGAUUACACUCUAGGGGUCAUCGAAAUCAUCGCUGUCUACACCUUUCCUACAUCACACACUAUGGUUCAUAUCGUAUUACGGGACACUGGUGGCUAUCAUGUUGGACUCGGAUUGCUACUGUCAUUAUAUAUCCCGGAGUCGCACUAAUAUAUUUACAUGCUCUCAGCAACUCGCGAUCAAUGCAGUCGAUAUAAAACAUCG